CGGAAGUUUCGCAGCAGCGGCAUUUGGAACCCAAUCCCGCAAAAGAGCUGAGUGACCAACCGACCGGCCGGCCCUCGGAAAACGCCAGUGCCCCGCUCGCCUCUGCGAUGGUGCAAACGCGCCCCGCCGCUACCGCGGGCGCCCUCGCCGAACUACCUGGGGCGCCCUCGCCGUUUGAUGACGGCCUCCAGACACUCCGCGAUGUUGAACCAGUGUGGCAUCUCGUGGUACAAGGUCUGGCCCUUGAGGCUAUGGUGAAGCCUUUCUUUGUUGCGGCGUAUCCGGGUCUCGUAGGCGAGCCGCAGUAUGUUCCCAUGAUGCUCAAAUAUUCAACAACGACAGACAUGGAGAAACGGGGACAUGACGCGACCGCCGAAGAGCUCUUUGCUGAAACGCAGGCGAACAUUAUAAGCUGGGCGGAAGAGUUCGUUCCCCUUUCCGGUUACUCGUUACGCGGGUCCUUCCUGGAAAUCUACCCUCACAAGAAAAAGAGGCCUUUUGGCGAGAUCGAGCUGCCAAAUAGCCUGGCAGCGGUCACGAGAGUUGUGGACGGUAUGCUGCAGAUAAAAAAAGCGUAUCCGCAAUGAGUUUCUGUUUUACGUGGCUGCGCAUAGAUGAAAGAGGGGCGGCGCAAUGAUCGCCCCUGGCCCGCCGCAGGCAGGCGGAGGAGGGGUCUGCCUGAUUAUAGUGGGCGCCACCCGCUUGGCGCUAUGGUUCCCGCGUUGGUUGUACUUGUUGCGGCGUGGCGAUUUUCAUGUCUUUAGGCAGGGGGCGUGCCUAGCUGUGCCCCUUCUGUAGCUAAGCGACUGCGCCGUCUUUUUGUUACGGCGGGCCUCGGGGGGGGGUGGUUCUUUCUAGGCAAGGACGCCGCGGCGGGCGGACGGAAUAAAGCGGGACGCCUUAUUUUAUUCGGAGCGAGCCGAGCGCCCGUCCGCGCGUGUAGCGCCGCGCGCCAUUGCUGCUUUUCUAUGCCAGUGGCGACAGGCACAGACAGCGCAUGGUCGUGGCUGCGCGUAGCCCAAUUACUCCGCGGCGCCUUUCUCCGCCGGGGCCGGCCCUCUCGUUCCCAUACAUUGCGAGCUUCGAGGAGGCGGCAGGCCUGAUAGGCGUUCCGCGGAGGCGUUUCAUUUCCUUCCGACCUGACAUGCACCCAACCCACCGGCGCCACGGAUUUUAGUUUCAGCGACGCGGCCGGGCGCGGCAGGGGGCCGGCGGGGCCGGCGGCGUGCGUGCCAGAUAGCCGGCCGCCGGGGCGUUUGCUUCGCAUGUUCACGAAAUCAGGUAAGGUGGGGCGCCCCGUUGGGUUCGUGUCCUUCUUUUGGGUCGCUGGGGUUUGGGUCGCUGGGGGGAUCUUUUAUUUUUGGCGAUGUGCCCAUGUCCAUGCUUCUCAUGCUCGUUGGUUGUGGCGUUUGUUCCGCUUAGUUACUCCCUUUGAUAGAUUGGCUGGCCCAGGGGCGGUUGGCGAACUGCGAUCGGGCCCCCGCGGGUUUUUUGUCAGCUUGGGCCCGCCAGCUCCUGUGUUGUUUACUUGAUCAAACGAACCCCCGGGGAAAGGUCCUGCUUGGGCGCCCGGCCGGUUUGCUCUUUACUAGGAAGGCGCCUUGCUUUCGCGCCAUCGCCUGCCUUCGCGUCAUCGCCGCAGCAGACCACCCCGCCCCCCGGCGGAAACUACUGCCUGGAGGAGGUGCGCCACUUCAUCUGGUUUUGGUUGUGAUUCCAUUCGACGUCGCCAAGGGUGGCGGUCAUUGUGUCUUUCAUCCUAUGUCGGGCUGCGUUUUUAGGGCCUUUCCCCAUCAGAAAAAAGUACCCGACGCCGAAUGGCGCAAGGAUGUCGCAGAGGCUGCAGUCAAAUGCGCGAUCGCUGUGUGGACGGGUAUCGGAAUUGCUUUAGGGGUGGCCCCGGAAGCGCGGCGCCCGUGGAUUGUCAACCCCGAAGACUGCGGGGGGGAGGAGGUGUCGGCGCAUACUGAUAUAAAGGGCCUGGCGGCGGUCGGGAUCUACAGCAGCGAACAAGUCCUGGGUCAAAGGCAGCUAAAUGAGGCGGGCAAGGCUUUCGUGCUGGCACUUGGAAAAACCAAAUUUUUGUGGUCUGGCCCGAAGUCGGAACAGGAUUCCGCUUUCCCAGUUCCCUCAGUCGCGCACCUCCCUGUGAAGAAUGCAGUCGAACACCUCCUUCCGUAUGAGGUGUUCGACUCCCCUAGCCGGACAGACGUUAAUGCAGCUGGGACGAUAAUGAACCCCGGGACAACGUGGCCUCUCCUGACCAGCACUGGUUCCGACGAGAAGUUCCUCAUAUGUCCCGAGACCCAAGAUAGCAAAAUCUGCAAAAUCUGGAAGAAAAUUUCAUAUGGUAGUUAAAUUUUGACGGCCGUGAGAGAGAAGUAAAAACAGGAAGGAGCGCGGUAAGCGCCCACGGCAUGCCCAUGCGAAGCCUUGUCCUUGUGGGGCUCCGGUUUGCGCUCGUGUUUCGCUCGUAUUUCCGGAAACAAAGCCCGAGCGCCCAUCGAUGUGAGAGAGCGAGCAAAACCGCUGAGGCAGUCGCGCGGACAAAACUCGGCGCCGCAAGCCGCCGCUCAAAUUCCCCUGCACUUCGCCCGCCAAAAUUCCGCGGCCCGGGGCCCGCCUAAAAUCGACGCUGCGCGCCCGCCCCUUGGGCAAAAUUUGACGCCGGGCGCCGCCAAUUUUUCCGCAGCGAGCCUCGGGCCCCUGUUCCGCGGCGGAAAAUUCAAAAUGCAGCUUUGUGAACAACAUCGCGAAAAUAAACCGCAGGACCCACAAAAACCCAUUGCAGUCGCAAUAAAAAUCGGCGCGGAGUAUUUUUCUAUUUUCUCGCCCGCGCCGCCUGUUUUUCAGGUUCGUUUUCGCGAUUUUGUUGCAGCAGUUUAGAUUUUUUCUGUUUCGGAUUUUUUGUUAUCUAUUUUGCUUCUUGCUUAUUUUUUUUGUUGCGAAAUUUUGUUUCGAAAUUUUGAAGCGGACUUUUUUUUCCCGAUUUCAAUGGGCAAAGUUCGGUCGCGGGCUCUCAUGAAAAUUUUGUUGCGAGUUUUUUUCGGCAUCGGCAAAUUUUCUUCUGCGCGGCUGCGUUUCCAAAGCCCUUUUUUUUACGCUGAAAUCCGGAGUAGCAUUGAAGCCGUGUUGUGGCUGUCCGGUUCGAGACGAUUUUGCACAAGGUGGAGCACGACCAGCAGAUGCCCAACGGAGUCCGAUGAUCCGGAGUGACUACUUAGAGCCACACCAGGGCGCUUGUGUGAUUUCUAUUUUCGUUUCUCCAAUUCAUUUCCCGACUUUGUUAUCUUGGUUCUCCGGGACAUAUGACGGCCGUGGACAUGUUGCCGGACGUGAUUUCGCUAGCGUCCAGAACCACCAAACAAGCCCGGGAACGCGUGUACGCAUAUCUCGCCCAACAAAACGCUGCGCGCCGUACCCCGACGCCAGGCAGUACUGGCGGGAGCGGCUGCGCUGAAGAUGGCAUAGUCAUGCCAUACAGGCCCGGCCCCAUGGCGGAAGGCGGGACGGGGUCCGGCUCGGGGACCAGCGACGCCACAAGCACCCUCUGUGUUCGCGUUCCGGGUUUCGAUCUUGCUCGGCGCGAGGCAGCCGCACCACCCCCCGAGGACAGGCCCGGUUGA